GCUCGUCUGGGCUGGAACAACAGACUGGAAAGAGUUAGGUUAGCCAGGCAUACCCCGGUCACCCAAGUGGGGUUGCCAUGGUGAGUUAGGUGGGCUAAAUUCUUCGGAAUUCCAGAGACGUGGGGUGGGGUUAGUUGACGUUUAGGUUGAGGGUUGGGGGUCUCCCGAUUGUGAAAGAAAAGCGGGAAUGAUUUACAGAGGGCAAACAGAGAGAGGACAGAGAAGGUUAAACACCAUUGAGAACUGAAUGGAACACCGUUUCCCACACUGUGGGAGAACACUUAUCUUGACGAGGGUGGUCAACGACAACGACCCGUUUAAAAGUUAGGGAAGAGAGAGGCCGAGCGCUCCGUUAACUGGACGGUGGAGGAGACCCAAGUGUUGCUGUGUGCCUGGAGCGACGAGCAUGUACAGAAGAGCCUGGCGGAGAACGUCCGAAACCGCCAUGUCUUCAAACACCUCUCAACCCGCAUGUGUGACCUGGGCUUCUCACGCAGCCCCCACCAGUGCCGGCUCCGUGUCAAGACCCUCAAGGCCAACUACGUCAGAGCCAAGCUGCUGAGGAGCGUGGAUGACUCCCAGCCCUGCAGUUUCAGGUACUACGCUGAGAUGGAUGCUGUGCUGGGGAGAAACUGUGCAGUGGAUGGGAUGGGAGGAAGGUGCCAUAUUGGAUCUCCUGAAGGUAUAGGAGGAGGGCUCCUUUUUGGGUCUGAAGGGAUAAGAGGAGGAGGACGCCAUUUUGGAUCUCCUGAUGGGAUAGUAGGAGGACGCCAUUUUGGGUCUGUCGAUGGAAUAGGGACAGAACGCCAUUCUGGGUCUCCUGAGGGGAUAGGAGGACAGCAGUCGCGGUAUCUGGUCUCUGAGGUGAAGGAGGAGGAGGACAGAGAGGCAGAAGACACAGACGAGUAUGAUUCCAACGGCGUAGGAAUCAACGGUCGGCCGCUGGCGGUCUCGGGUGGAAGACGCCAUGAUGUUUUUCUAGACCACCUCAACGUCUAUCAUGAACCUGUUGGUCAUCCAUUGGAGGAGGACCUGAGCUCCAGAUCCCCCUCCCCACCACCACCACCACCACCCAAGCCUGCCUCCACUCUUCCUCCACCCCCAGACCCUAGUCCCGGCCUGAGCCGUGGUACCACCAUCCCCUCCACCCAGUCCGUGGAGCCUGCGUUGAAGCACCUGGCUGACUGCUUCCAGAGGCUGGUCUCAGAGUCCCGGGAGUUGAUGAUGCAGCUGGAGGGACAGAGGCAGGAGCAGGUUCGCUGGCAGCAGGAGCUCCUGUCUCAGUGGCUGGAGAGAGAGGAGAGGAGGCAAAGGGAGGCAGCAGACAGGGAGGACCGGAGAGAGAGGGCUCGGAUGGAGCAUGAGGUCAGGGUACUGCAGCUCCUCACUGGACUGGCCCAGAACCAGCAGAGGAAUCAGACAUAUCACAGCUGCUGCCACCAAUGUAGUAGGACGGGUGGUUCCGGGGCCUCGGCCACUACCAGACAAGAUAAUGGAGCUGAGGACAGAGACAGGACUGAUUCAGAGACCACAUAGACAGGGUGGGAUGGGAUGCAGACCUGGGUCAAAUACAGCAUUUGACCUACAAUUAUGUAUUUGACUCGGGUCUUGUGGGGUGAACAUUCGUUGCCAUCUAAGUUGGAAAGGACUUGUAGGCUCUCAGAAUGUGUUUACCUCUUUGCCUGGUCACUUGUUUGGAGUGUACAUGAAAUUCCCCUACAUUCUGCUUUUUAAAAAAAAGAAACUAUUUAAUGGUUUAAUCCUAGGAUUUCUUAGGAUAACAAGAACAAUUUGGUGGGUGCUUAUAUUGGUCCUAUUUCAAAAAUGUUUGUUUUGGAAAUGUUUUUUUUUUUUUUUUUUUUUUGCAUAUCCCAACUCCCCCUGAGACACCCUAAGAGGUGGCCAGGGUCUCAGUGAAACACUGAGACAAUCUCAACUGUAAUGUGUAGAUUAUGUUCUGUGCCAUUUGACAGUUUAUUAUGAACCAUCUUACCAAUAAAAUGCAUUGGUAUCUAA